AUGGGUGCAACUUGUUGUAAGUCAAAUUUACUGACAUAAGAUGGUAAAAUUUGUGAAUAAGAUUUAUUUUAGAACUAUCUGUCCAAUCCGCUGCUUUUGGUGAAAAUGACCAACUUUCCUCUAAAAGAGUAGUUAAAUAAACAACUUCUAACAAACGUCAAGCAUAUACACCAGCUUAAACUUUUGGUUUAGGAUUAAAAUAAAAUGUGUCUGAUGAUAAAAAAGAAAUAUAUGAAGAAACAAAGAAGGUUUCAAUGAAAGUAUCAAAAGAGUUAGAAUAAUUGUUGGAAAGAUAAAAUUCAGAUACAGACAGAAAGAAGAUAUUAGAAUAAUAAUCUGCAUAAAGUAUGAUCAUUAGAGAUUAAAUUAGAAAAGGAGCAUAAAUUAAAAGUAAACAUUGACAUUUUUGUAUAAUUGAAAAAGGGUUAAAUAUCUGAUCAUUAUAUUACAGGAUAAGUUUUAGGAGAAGGAGCAUUUGGAAAAGUAUGGAAAGUUAUACAUAAGAAAACUAAAUUGGAAAGAGCAAUGAAGCAACUUAAAAAAAGCUCUAUUUUAAAAGAAGAUAAAGAGAAAUUAUUUUCAGAAAUGAAUAUAUUAAAGAACUUAGACCAUCCUAAUAUUGUAAAAUUGUAUGAAUUAUUCGAAGAUGAUAAAAAUUACUAUUUGGUUACCGAGUAAGUACUAAAUUGAUUGAGGAUAGGUUUUGUUCUGGUGGAGAAUUAUUUGAUCGUAUUAAGAGUAUGAGCUUUUAUAGUGAAAAAAAGGCAGCAGAAUUAAUGAGAUAAAUCCUAAGUGCUGUUUGGUAUUGUCAUAAUCAAAAAAUUGUACAUAGAGAUUUAAAACCAGAAAAUUUAUUAUUUGUAUCAGAUUCAGCUGAUGCUGAUUUAAAAGUUAUAGAUUUUGGAACAUCUCGCAAAUUUGAAUCAGGUAAAAGAAUGACAAAAAGGUUGGGAACUCCAUAUUAUAUUGCCCCUGAAGUUUUGUUAGAGAAUUAUAAUGAAAAAUGUGAUAUUUGGUCCUGUGGAGUCAUUCUAUAUAUUUUGUUAUGUGGUUAUCCACCAUUUUCUGGUAGAAGUGAAUCAGAUAUUUUGAAAAGAGUUUAAGCAGCAUAAUUAAAAUUUGAUCCUGAAGAUUGGGUUCAUAUUAGUGAGGAUGCUCAAAAUCUUAUUAAAAAUAUGUUAAAUCCAAAUCCUUCCAAAAGAUUAAGUGCUGAAGAAGCAUUUAAUGAUAAAUGGAUUUAAAAUAAUACAGUUUCAAAUUAAAUUAAUUAGAAAGCCUUAUAAAACUUACAGUAAUUUCAUGCAAAGAGCAAAUUUAAAUAAGCAGUAUUGACUUUUAUGGCCACUUAAGUUAUAACACAAUAGGAAUAGGAUGAAUUGAAUAAAACUUUUUAGGCAAUAGACAAGAAUGGAGAUGGGAAACUUUCAAGAUAAGAAUUAAUUGAUGGUUAUACAUCAGUAACUAAUAAUAAAGAAUUAGCAAUUCAAUAAGUAGAUGGAAUAAUGGAACUAGUUGAUAUUAAUAGAUCUGGAGAAGUAGAUUUUACAGGUAAUUAUUAAUUGGAAUUUAUAUAUUAGAAUUUCUAAUAGCUGCAAUGAAUUAAGAGAAGUUUCUUUCAGUUCAUAAAAUGGAAUAAGCAUUUAAAAUAAUAGAUUUAGAUGGGGAUAAUUAUAUUUCUAAAGCAGAAUUAUAAAAUGUUAUGGGGGAUGUUGAUGAUGAGGUAUUUAGAUGUAUUUUAAAGAGAUUUGGAUUCAAAUAUUAAAGGAAUGUGAUAGUGAUAAUGAUGGUAAAAUAUCAUUAGAAGAAUUUUCAUCUUUAUUGCAAUCUAAAGUUUUAUGA